AAAACAAACUAAUCCUAUCACUAUUUUAGCAGUCAUGAAUUCCCUGCUAGUCCUCCUAGUUCUAUUAAUAGCUUCAGUGCUGACUGCUGAUGAGGUUUACAAAUAUGAUGAGCAUGCACCAAUAUUAUAUCACUUUGAGUCGGAUGGUGUGAAGAUCGAUGUUCUAAAAAAAGGUGAGGACUGCACGAAGAAGGCAGAAGAAGGAGACAUGUUGACAGCAGAAUUCCACGGAUUCAUGGCAAAUGGACUGGAACGGUUUGAAAGCAGUCACGACUCUAGUAAACCUUCCUCUUUCAAAAUAGGACACGGUUAUAUGAUCAAGGGUCUUGAGCGAGGUCUCCUCCAAGUGUGUGUAGGAGAGAAGAGGCGUAUUCACAUCCCAGCUGUCCUAGCCUACGGUAAAAUAGGAGACGGCAAAAAUGUCCCCCCUGGUGCUGACCUUGUAUACGACGUUGAAGUGAUACAUAUUCAAAAAGGAACUAUUCCCCCCAACAUAUUCGCUAAGAUUGAUCUUAACAAAGACAAGCUCAUCAGUAGAGAGGAAAUGGGCGCCUUUAUUCUGGAAACAGGUCGCACAGUGACACUGCGAGGCCAGAGCGAGAUUGACAACGUAGUGGACGAAAUAUUUAACCUAGAGGACAUCAAUGAGGACGGCUUUGUUGACUUGAACGAAUUCAGCGGUCCCAAAAAGGGAAAGCACGAUGAGCUUUGAACACUAUUGAUAACAGUUUCAGAAUUUUAUUAUCUAUCCAACAGUUGCAGUGGAUGAUAUAAAGGGGAUUUAUUGUUCAUUUAACGAUAUGUUAUUUAUGCUUAUUCUUGUUUAUGAAUCUUAUCGGAGGUUAGCUUGGAAUUUUCUUAAAGGAGACAACAUAUCAUUACGAUUUAUUUUGUUUUCACCAUUUUUAUUUUCACAACAGUAGCAAGUUUAGAGAUGAUUCAAAAUCACAGUUAACUUUUUUACCGCUAUAAUGUAUAGUUUGAAAUAUUAUAACGAUCAUAGUUUUCUAAUAAUUUGACAUUGACAGACAAUCGGAGUCAAUUAAAAGUUUUCCCAUACAAAACAAAGCAAAGCAAAUUGAACUUGAUUACAUUGCUUAUAUUUUGUCGGACUUUACUUUUGUACUUUUAUAUCAUGUAAAUUUAAUUUGUUUAUUUUAAAUUGUA